UAUCCGUCAGCUUGAAUCCAUCGCAUGCACCGAUUGGCGGCUUUCCCUUCCUUAUAAACUCAGCGGAUUAGCGCGCGCGCUCUCUCUCUCCACAGCUAAAUAUUACGACUUGUGCGUACCGCUGUCUCACACAUUCCUCUACUCUAAUGAAGAGUACAUCGGAAUCUCAAUAAAAUGGCGGAGCCAAUAGAUAACAACAACAGCAACAGCAACAAAGAAAUAAACAACGGCAUUCGCCGUCUCCUUCUCUUUAGAAAAGCUCACUCCGGUGUUCAUCGCCGUCUUGAUUGGAGAUGCAAUGGAAAAGGGUAUGUGAGCUUUCGUAAUUACAUUCGCAGGCCAAGAAAUUGGGACAGUUUGCCAAGCCACCAAAGCACUCCGGGAAACAGUGGACGAUGGCUUCAAUCUACGAGUCCACUCUCCCAUUUGUUCGAGGUGGACAGCUGGACUUCCAGCCAGAACCUGCGAAGUAUCAGUCCAUCUUCUACUCGCAGAACAAGUUUCAGUUCAACUGCAAGUGAUAAUGAUUCCCUAUGUUGCCAAGGGGUUGAGCCUGCGUAUUCUUUUGUAGGAAUGCAUUGCAUCUUUGAUCAAUGCAAAGCUGCUGAUGGAACGUUGACAGUGUGCAGUGUCUCGGAACCACCUUCAGUCAUAAAACAAUUAGAGGGCCAUUCUAAAGAUGUCACAGACUUCAACUUCUCAUCCAACAAUCAGUACAUUGCAUCAGCAUCCAUGGAUAAAACUGUGAGAGUAUGGGAGUUGUCAAAAGUGAUUUGCAUUCGAGUAAUAUAUGGAAUCUCUUCACAGUUGUGUAUUCGUUUUCAUCUUGUAAAUAACGACUUUCUCUCAGUUGGCAAUACAAACAGAGAAAUUACUGUAUUUAAUUUCAGCACUGGCAGGAUUAUUAAUAAAUUGGUGCUUGAUGAUAAGGUUACUGCUUUGGACCAUGAUCACACUGGUCACCUCAUUUUCAGUGGGGAUGCACAGGGAUGUGUACUCGACAAGCAUGGACCCACACACAGGUGCGUUGUUUCAGUCUCAUCGCUUCGAAGUAGUGCCGAGAGCAGAUAUCAAGUUACAACUGUAUGGUACCGGAGUUUCUCUCUGCUAGCUGGAGGCCCAGUGUUGCUGACCUGUACUCAAGAUGGAAGUUUUUCUUUCUUUAGUGGCUCACUCAAAUUGGCUCCUCGAGUACAUAGCAUCUGGGCUUCUUUCUGUCCCCUGCUUUCCCUUGAAAAAGGAGAGUACAUAGGUUUGUAUUUUAUUACAGCAAUUUAGGUUCUGAUAUUUGGUCACUUAUUAUUGGUACAUAUGAACUUAGAAUACAACUAAAAAGCUUAUGUAAAAACAUGUUCACUUGUGCAAUUUUUUCUUAGAUAAUUUCAUAAUAUUCAAGUGUGUGUUGGAAAAUUAGUUGUGGCAUGAAAUGUAAUGUAUUUGUAGGUCAUCGUAUACUGGAUUAGUAAGUUUGUUGUCACCUUCUACACAACUUUUAUGUCUUGUGCAACUAUCCCACAGCCUCCAUGCUCCUUUCCCAACUUUCCUACAGCCCCUGAGAUUUUCUGCAACAGUUUUUCCAACCACUGCACCUUCUUACACUACAUUUUUCAGAGAGAAUCAAAAUAAAGGGUGAGGGUUGAUUGGGAAGCGUAAAAGCUCCAUUAAAACUGCAAGGUUUUGGUCUAGAACUGAGUGUUCACAUAUCCUACAAUAGAAUCUUAAAUUUGACCCAAUCUGGGAACAGUAAUAACCGUUUUAUCUUUGCUGAAGUGCUUUUUUUGUAACAUGAAGUUGCCUGAAGUGAGGAUUCAAACGUAUACUUCUACGACCUAACUCGGCCAAGGCAUACAAGCGUCAACAAGCUACAGGGUCAUAGCUUUCCAGUUGGUGAUGUUGCGUGGAACCACGGGGAGAAUUUGCUGGCUACAUCUGAUAUUUAUGGCAUCGUUAUUUUAUGGAAGAGAGAAAAGACAAGACAGGUAUAAGCGGAAACAAUUCAUUCACGCACUCCAGGAGUAAGACUUUAGCUUUGUCUUGGGUCGUCAUUCUUUUGUAACUGCUGAACCAUUUGUUGCAUUAUUUCUCCGAUUCAUUGUGUCGAUGUGAAACUGAGCGAUCACUAUUUGUAUUAAAUUUUGUACUCUGCAGUUAACCAUUUGCAUGUAUACGGUACGGCAUUGAAGAAGACAACACGAAAUUCAUGGUUGGUAUUAAAUAGUAUUGCAUAUUAUUUUCCUGUGGGCAAAAUGAUGAAACAAGCGGAGGCUUUUAGGAGCUACUAAAGCGACACCGAGGACUUUCUUCUUAUAUUCCAAUUGAAGCUUCUUCUUU